GCCAGCGGCAGGGAUGCUGGGUUGCUAGGAGACAGGUGAAGAGAGAGGACCGAUGUGCAGAGGCGGGAAGCUCAGAUCCCUAUGUCGGAGCAGAACAGCACCAGUGAUGGGGAUGCGGAUCCCUAUCACAGCAUGUCUAUGCUCUUGCUACUUGUGCUGGUCUUCUUCAUCAUGGGACUUGUGGGGUUCCUGAUCUGCCAUGUCCUGAAGAAAAAGGGCUAUCGCUGCCGGACCUUUCGCGAUGAGCUAGACCUGGAGCACAAGGAGGUGCUGACGGAGCUGCAGGCCAACGAAGAGGAGGAGCUGAAUGAGGACACAGUGGAGAAGAUAGUGAGAUGUAUCAUUCAGAAUGAAGCAAAUGUGGAGGCCCUGAAGGAGAUGCUGGGGGAUGGUGAAGGGGAUGUGCCAGUGCCCAUGCUCAGCCUUUGUCCACAUCGUAACAGCCAGGAUGGGGGCCUACCACAUCACCACACAGUGCACCUGGGCUCCACGCACGCACCAUGCAUUCACUGCAGCAAGAGGAAGAGACCCCCACUGCACCGCCAAGGCAGAUCCAAGGAUGGCAAAGGCAAGAUGCAUCCAAGAGAGACCACGGUCUUCUCCGUGGGCAGGUUUCAUGUGACCCACAUUGAGAAGAAGCCCGUUUUCCCAGAGCAGCAGGAUGUGUCACUUCCUGAUGGCAGCAAGGAAGCUGGUGACAGAGACCCGGCAGCCCACAGCAAUGAACAGCUCCAUCAGGAGGGUCUGCAAAAUGGAACCAUCCAGACGGAGGGUUGUCCAAAUGGAACAGGCCAAAGGGAGGAUUCUCCCAAUGCACCAGUCAAGGCAAAUGCUCCCACCAAUGGGCCAGUGGGGAAGAGGUUCGGUAAGACAGGCUCGCUGCAGGACCUUGACCUCCAAGACCUUGCCCCAGGGAAUGGACGUGACCAAAGCAAGGGGGAGGGGCUUCAGGGCCCAGGAAUGCAGGGUGCUGGAGCCCCUGCAGACUUGCAGGAGGAGGUGAAAUGGGCUGAGCCACACAAUGCCCUGCAGGAGGAGGCUGUGCCAGGGGCAGCUAAUGAAACAGCAGACGUUAAAGGGGGCCAAGGUGUGCAAGAAGGAAUCCGAGCUGCCAUGGCGGGAAACAAGGAUGCCAACAGGAAAGAAUCCAGAGUGGAGGACAUAGGGCAACAGGAGCAGAACUCUGCAGCGCAGGACCCAGGAGUGACUGUGUGACCUCUCUCUGCUUCCACGCAGACACAACCAUCCCAAGGCGGGCUCAGCGCGAGGAGCCAGCAGGGCCCUAGCGGGGACAGUAGAGGCGAGCCCUGGCCCAGAAGAGCUAAACUGCGCUUGGCAUGGCCAGAGCGACGCAUGGACACGCGGCUUCAUUAAACAAAUGACUGUACUUGG